CCUCUCUAAUCUCUACUCUGCCUUUCGAUUGCUCCUCUCUACCCAUCUUCUCCAUCUGCCGAUUGCUCCUCUCUACCCAUCUUCUCCAUCUGCCGAUUGCUCCAUCCUUUUCCCCUUUUUCUGAUUCCUCCUGUGAAUAGGAAAAGAGGCAGCAGACCGCAUCCAAAAUUCUCGCCUUGGCUAUGACUCGUGCGACCUCGCCAGACAUUUCUUCGCUUCUCCACGGGUUACGUCCCAUUAUCUCUAGCUCACCGAUAUCAUCCUGUUCAGGUGUUUUACGCUACGCCUUCGGCACCACGGCACCGUGCGUCUUCUCCAUUGACCAGAUUUUUCGCUUGGCGAUUAAAGUGGGGAUCGCUAUACCAAAGGAUGUUCCUUUUCUUCGCCUAUGGUUUCUCGGAUACUCAAAAAAAGUUAUCCCACGGGUAGAACGAUCGGAAAAAACUGUGUUCAGGUUGUGCGAUGCAGUGACUGAUUUUAUUUUUUAUUUUUUAGAUAAAGUUGCAGCGACUAAUUUGUUGAAUCACAAAUGUUCUGAACUGGGGAAUUGCUACCAGCGCCAAAUAAAGGAUACAGUGUUAUCAAAGUUUCAGGAUUCCGUGAAGUUGGUAAUUCCAGAGUUAUCAAAGUUUCUUAAUAGUUUUCUAGACGAGGUGUGUGGUUGCAUGGUAUGCGUCUCUCAAGAUGCUCACAUUUACCAGCGCCACCAAAAAUGCAUGUCAAAGUUUGUGAAGAAAUUGAACGGUAAAAUUUCCGAGUCUUUUGAGGUUGAGGAUCAACUAAGUUCUAGGGUGAAUGAGAACGGAAUAAAACUGGAGGAUCACGAACGCCAUCAGUACUAUACGAUGCAGUUCUUGAUUACCAAUUUGCUGCUUGUGUUUAAGUCUUUGAUGCAGCGCAUGGUUUGGUACUUGAUCCACACCAUGGUGAAGACUAAGACAGAGUUCUUGAGCCAGUCCGAAUUUGAAUCCUUUUCGCAGAACGUUAUGCAUUUGUUGGCAUGGUGCUAUUUGCUUUGUUUCUUGAAGUUCCGUAACUUAAAGUGGAACCCGGGCGAGUUGCAGGACAGGGUGCAGUCUUUGGUGGUGAAGGGUGGCGAGAUUUUGAUGGGUAAGCGUUUCGAUGAACCCCUUGAGGUUCGCACUCUCGAAGAGAAUGCUUCCUCUGUUGUUUGCAUCUCCAAUUCCGAGUAAGAUAUGCAUCUCUGUUGUGCUUGGAGCUAAUGGUAGCUAAGACGCUGUUGUUUUUGUAUUUCUGAAUUCUGAUCCUUUUCUACAUGGUAUGCAACAUUCUUACAGGGGCCGUGGAUCAGGUUUAG